AUGAAUCCUCCUACUGAGAAGUUAGCAAUCUUUGAAGAGGCAAUGGAACAGAUCUACGGCCCAUGCACUCGAGACUGGCAACCCCCUGAGGAUCCCCGAAGAGGGCACCGCGGUCGGUAUCUCUGGACUGACGCAUUCGGCGUCGUCAAUUUCAUCACCUUGUCUCGCGAGAAGGGAGACCAAAAUUCUCGGAAACUCUAUCUACAAAUGGCCAAACGACUCGCAGAAACAGUGCACUUCAUCCUCGCCUGGACUCGAGAUGGCCGCUCACGGCUCCGAGGAGCGACUAACGAGGAACCCCUGAAAGGGGGCCUCCGCGCCGGAAUGCCCGACCACCUCGACCGUGAUAUCGAUGGCCAAUACCACCACUGCCUGACUCUCUGGAUGUUCGCGCUGAACCGGCUAUCCUUGGCAACUGAUGAGCCGCAUUAG